AUGAGGACUGAUGUUCUUCUGGAUGUAAUCAAACAAUACCCCGUCUUGUACGACAAGAGACAUCCACAAUUUAAGGAUAUCAAGUAUAAAGAUGAAGUGUGGACGAUGCUCGGCGAGAGCCUGGGAGGGAUACCUGGUGUGGACCUCGUCAACAAGUUUAAAAAUGCUAAAGACACGUACCAAAAACACAAGAACAAGAUAACAUGCUCCAUGAAAAGUGGAGCGGGAGCAGCCCAGGUGGGCAAAAUAACAUGGCCUCACUUUAUGCAGAUGAUGGAGAUCAUGGAACCAGUCUCCCCCAGUCCAAUACUUCACACAAACCUGCAGUUUGAUGAAGAGGAAAGGUUAGUCACACAAAUGUUUUAA